AUGAAUGAAAAAGACACUCUAAGUUUGUUGCAUACAAAAAGAGAAAGGAUGGCUUAGCUUCAUUCUCAAUAAAUACGUAAUAAGAUUUUCGAGGUGAAAAGAAAGCAGUUUGUAAGAUCAAGAAGCGUUCAAGAGAUAUCAAAAAUGUUAUAAGACUCCUAAUUUUUGAAUGAAGGAUUCACAUCUCUAUUGAAUUUAUUAGAGGAAGAUCAGGAUGAAAUCAAUUUCGCAUAUCUAUUGUUUUAUUGGGGUAUAUUGGAUGAUUUGGUCGAAGUGUUGCACAAUUAUAUGAAAUUGACAGAAUAAUAGUUGGUAGAUUUAACGAAAAUGAUUGCUUUUAUAGUGGAGAGCAAGGAUGCUAGUCAUUAUUUCAUAAAUACUAAAGCACCCCAAAUAUUAGAAAUUUUGUUGGCCAAUCAUAAUAAUUUACUCAUAAUUGAGCAUUGUAUUUUAAUUAUAGGUAACCUUGAGAAAUACGAGGUAAACAAUUAUUUUUUGACGACCGUCAUACCUAGACUCAAAAACUAUCUUUUCAAUUUAAACCCUCUUCCUGUAUAAUGUUUGUUGAAUUUCAGUUGGAUGAUUAAAAAUCGUAAUCUGCCAAAUCAAGAUGAAAUCUAGAAAGAUUUGAUACUACUGCAAAAUGAAGAUAUUUUAUAUGAAGCCAUUCAGCAUUUAGAAUCUUUGAAUAUUGAUGCAAAUUUAAUGGGUUAUUUAAUAAUGAAUGUGGAUUUGAUAAACGAUGUUUAAUAAAUGCAACCUAAAUUGUUACUCAAUUUGAUUUGUGAAAAUCUCAAUAAGGAGAAUGCAAUAAAAGAAAUUACAAAUCUACUUAACAAAUGUAUGCAGAUGGGCAAACUCAUGAUUCUUCAGAGUGCCUUCAAGCUUGCUUAAAAUUAUAUGAUUUAGUCAGGCAUGCCUUAUUUCAAUGAGAUUGUGGAAAAGAAGGUUACUUAAUUAUUGAUUAUUUUUGACCAAGAUAAAAUGAAAAAUCAAGGCCUUCUAAGAUCAAUGAUGUAAUAUUUAGAGACCUUCCACAUCUUGUAUCCAGAGAGUAGGUUCUCAAUAGAAUUUUACACUCGAUUGCUGGACACUAUACAAGCAAGUCAUUUGAGAUUGUUGUCUAUAGUGAUGACUAGAAAUUAAGAGUUUAUCCAAAAUAUUGCCAAUAUUGGAGUACAUAAAAGGAGAUUGCAGGAACUAGCCAAUAAGAGUAAUGAAGCAAAAGAAUUAUUAAAAAAAAUAUAUUUGUGA